AUGACGCUUUCCUGUAUCGGCAACGUCGGUGCGUUUUCAUGGGGCGGUAAUGGGGGGCGUUCGACCUUGCUCCAAGCAUCGGAAGAGCGCAUCGUGGACCCCUCAAUUUCAAUCCAGGACAAGUCGCGCUUACCGAACGUCUACGCCGUUGCCAUGCAGGAGCUCCAAGAGCUGGAGUCCGAACCUUUGUGCCAUCGUAUCGCUGCCAGCCUACUGGUCAACAACUGUCAGCUACUCGACGGCAAGGACGAUGCUACUAUUCUGACUGAUAGCGGCAGACAAGUUCGCGACUUUGUAGACUCUUACGCUGCUAGUCUCGCCAUUUGUGACCUUGAAAGAGGCAGUUUUGCCAUUCCCUCGAGCUGUGCGCCAUUUCGAGAGCGCUCUUUGGUAAACAUACCCGACUCGAGUAUACCCCGCCUUCACGCCUCCCCUCAACAAAUCGACUCUUGUCUUUCGGGACUGGCCAAGUCAGACUCCGCAUGGAACACUUGGGUCAGCUAUCGUCACAAGGCUUUGAGAUUUUGUGAAGCCGCUCGUGCGGACAACGAGAAAGGUACGCAUGCCCCCAUCCCGGACAUUGAGAUUGGCGCUCACCAUGUUCUAUCUAGCCCAGAGCAUUCGCCUCCACCAGCGACUUACAGAGGUUCUGUCUAA